AUGGCCCAGCUGGAAAAGCAUGUGGUGUCGGACCCUGACCUGGCAGCACGGGUGAGGGCAUUGCUCCAGCAGCCCUUUGACCAGGCCCUUAAGGCGUGCCCUGCGCUGCGAGAGUACAUCCAAAAUCGAAGUGACGAGGAUGCCAAAGCUUUGGAGGAGGAGUUCCGGGAGCACUGGCAUGCGGAGGCACCGUUGGAAAUGCGACAGAUCUUGGAGGAGAUCCUGGACCCGGAGGUGGCGGCCGCCAACGUGGCGGCCACGGAGGCCUUGUUGCAAGAGAAGGCCCCGACCUUGGAUCAGGAGGUGACGAAGGUGGAGGAGUUUCAGGACCCCGCGUCAAGUCCAAACUCUGCUGACAAGGGAGGCAUGCCGCCCAUCGACGACGAAGACGACUUUGCGGAUGUCAACGUCACGGCCGCAGUGGACAAGCUUCUGGCCAUGCCCUUCGAAGCGGCACUGAAGGAGUGCAAGGAGCUACGAGCCUAUGUGCACAGCUCGGAGCGGAGCAAAGUGGAGAUCCAGGAGCUGGAGGCAGAGAUCAAAGACUCCUGGAGCUCCGACGCGCCCACCGAGCUGCGAGAUCUCUUGGAGGAGCUGCUCUUCCCGGAGAUUGCGAAGCGAAGAGCGGCGCAUGCGGGGCUGCUAUGGGAGCGCUGGGCGAACCUCAUCUUCGCGGAGAUCACCACCUUCGACAAGAGCUACACACAGUUCGAGCGGCUCUACAUGCACAUCGUGAAGCAACUCAUCGAGAAUACCUUGGAACCCAUCCGCAGCAUGGCGGACACGUGCCAGUCCUUAAUGGAUCACUCCGGAGAUCCCUUCCGCGAGGUCCAAGCUGCCGCCCUGUGCCAGCGUUUGGGUCUACUGAAGCAGACUGUGGAUUUUGGUGGCAGCAGCCAAGUGGUUCACUUUGAUCCUGGCCUCCUGGACAAAGCGCAGAGAGUUCUCCACAUGGAGACCUAUGCGGAGGUAAGGGAGAUGGCUCGGGUUCUCCUGAAGAACUUCAAUUCCCUCUGCCAGGUGUUGAUGCAUUUGAAUGACGACCAGGUGAAGCUGGAAUUGAAGGAGAAUGCCGAGUUCACGGCAGCCCUACUGCGGCUGGAGCAGGUCUGGGCGGAUUGCCAAUUCAUCUUGCACCAGGGCUGCCUGGACUUUAUUGAGAUUCUCGAACAGGAGGUCCUGCCUCAACUCAGCCCGCAGUUGAAAUGGCAGAUCCAUUUGGCGCUCGAGAUGGAGAAUCCAGGAAAGCCAGCCGACCCUACGGAGUUGCAGGAAGCACGAGUGACUUUGUACCAGACCGUGCCCAUGAUGGUGUAUGUGGACGAGCUGUGGAAGGAUGCGAAUCCGACUGCAGGCGCCCAGAGCAGGGAGGCCCAGAGGGCCUUCCCGGGCCCUGAGUCUCAGCCUCCAGCCCAUGGCGCGAUGGCACCAGAGGGGGUGCCGCCCGGAACCCGGUCUCCUCGGCAGGUGCGGAAGAGGAUCUUGCAGAGCAUCUAUGACGAUUCCAAGCCUUUGCACUUGCAGCAGGUCUUCCAACUGGACCGUCCGCAGCACCUCACUGCCGCCCUCAGCGCUCUCCAGCGCCGCGCUCGUUGGGCUGACGGCCUCCUGCUGCUGCAGCGCCUAGCGACGGCGCGCGCCGCGGCCGCGGCGAACGCGCCGAACGCGAACGCGGCGGCGGCGGGCGCGGCGGCGGGCGCGGGCUGGGGGAGGGCGCUGGAGCUGUUGGAGCGCCUGGAGAGGCAAAGCUUGGAGGUCUCGCAUGUGAGCUUGGGAGUGAUGAUGAAGGCGAGCCAUUCCUGGUGGCGAGUGCUACGGAAGAUGCAACAGAUGCUGGAGAAAGGGAUGAGUUUGGAGAUCCGACAUGCCAAUGAACUGAUUCGGUCCUGCAAAGGCGAAACCUGGCCAAAGGUGCUAAGUGCUUUGCAGAUGUCUCUGGAAAGAGGUGCAGAGCCCACAGAGUUUACCAGUAGCUUGGUGCUGGCAAAGUUGAAGCAGCAGUGGCCUUUGGCCAUUCAUCUGUUCCACGACCUGGCGCACCAGCGGCUGCAGCAUGAUACCGUGAGUGUGAAUGCGGCCCUAGUGGCUGCGAACCAAGAACGGCGGUAUUCCAAGAACUUUGUGAACGAGCAGCUGACCUCGGCGAGCGCCGUCGAUUCAGCCACGUGCUCCACGGUGGCGCAAGGCGGACACGACAGCGAGACAGUGCUGGAGCUACUGCAGCGAAUGAAGGCUUCCUUGCAGCAGCCCGACCUGGGCGCGCAUGACUCACUUCUGUACACCUUGCAGCGUGAUGGCCGCUGGGAGGCUGCGCAGCAGCAUGUGCAGAGCAUGCGCCACGAGGGUGUGGAGGCGAAAAGCAGCACCUGGACCUCACUGAUGGGCUCGAUGGAUCGUGGGCAGCAGUGGCUUCAGGUUCUGAAGCUGCUGGACCUGGGAAUCCAGCUCGACCUGGUCCUGGCAUCUAGUGCCAUCAGCGCUGUGCAUACAGGUCAUGGUUGGCACUUGGCGUGGCAGAGCUUUCAUCAGCUGCGCCCACGAAGCCUACAGCCCGAUGUGGCCGCCCACAGCGCGGUGAUCAGCGCGGCUGAGAAGGGACAGCAGUGGGCUUUGGCACUCGCUGCCGCCGGUGCCGGAGUGGAGUUGGACCUGAUCUCGCUGAACACCGCGGUGAGUGCCUGUGAGAAGGGCCUUCAGUGGGCGAAGGUCAAUGGGCUACUGAGUGCCCAGAUGCCCCACCGGGGCAUCACCUCGGAUGCCAUCAGCUUCAACUCGGCCAUCCUGGCGCUGACGGCGGCGCGACGUUGGCGGAGCGCCCUGGACCUGGCGCACGCCGCAGGCGAGCGGGGCAUCACCCCCCAGGUUGGGAGCUACGGCGCGUUGUUGAUGGAGUGUGAGGAGGCCAGUCCGUCCCUCUUGUCGUGUCAAGAGGAGCUGCUGCGAAGCUCGCUGGAAGCCGCAGGACUCGUGGAAAAAGGAGCGACGGCCGCGGGACUCGGCCGCGCCCGCCGGUCCGUCCGCUUCGUGGAGCUGUGCUGCCCACAGGACGAUCGGCACCACACGUUGCGCCGUGACUUUGGGAAGUUCGACGAGAAGCGCUUCUCAGAGUUCCGCAACUUCCUGGUGGCCGAGAACGAGCGGAACCGAAGCGGUGGCAGCCGUCAGACGGAUUUCUUUCGCUUGGUCUACCGACAGCUGAAAGCGGUUUCAGCCUUUCCGAUCCAGGAGAACCUGUCAGCUGCCAUUCUGGCGGCCUCAGAGGCCCAGGCCGCCCUGAAGCAGCCCAACCUGAGUGACCGGGACAUGGCCGAUGGCCUACGGGAGCAGGAGCUCUUGGAGGCACCGGACGGCUGGAUGGGCGUAGGAAAAGGCUUUGCUGUGGAGAAGCUCUACGUAGCCCAUGACAUGCCCGCCGGAGGGUCAGUGCCCGCCUUCGGAAUCUUCUCUUCGAGUGGGGUUCACUUUCUUUUUGGGUUCCUCCAGCCUGAAGUGAGGGUGCAAGAGCAAGCUGCCGAAGAGCCAACUUGA